GGAGCUGUGGUCGACACUAUGGAGAGGUUCCAGAUGUCUUCCCUCUUAGGGAAAAACAGGGAACAUGUAGUGAUACACGUUGGGAGCGUUUGCCUGGCUGUCAUUAGUCAGCUGAUCUCAGACAUAUUCUUUACUCUGGAUGGCUGCAAGCCCAACGCUCUGUUUCAGGCCUCAUACAGAAAUGUGUCCGAGACCUUCGCCCUGGAGGUGACUAUGGACUGGUGGUCAAGAUAUUACUGGAUUAUAAUUGACUUCUGGUCUUUGGCUUGGCUCCUGUACGCAGUGUUCAGCCUUUGUAAAAGAAAUGUCCUCGGUCCAGAGUCCUGCAAUCCAGAAAUCCACCCUCCAUUAUUUUAUGUACUGUGGACCAUGAUUAACAUGGCAAGAGUAUGCAGCAUGAUUGUGUGGGACAGACAUGAUAUAUCCGGCGGCGUCACACUCACUUGGAUUAUGCCCGUCCUCAGCUUCUACAUGCUCUACAUGUCCUACUCCAACCUCAACAAGCACAAAGCCUGGCUAGCCAUCAACCCUAGAGUGUUUUCCGUGACACGUUACCUGACCCAGAAUGGCUUGGCAGCAUUUGCCUGGUGGACUCUCUUAAAUGCUUUGGUGGAUCUCGGCAUAGUCUUCAAGUACAAAGCAGGUGUUCCAGACCCGCUGAUCAGCAUCGUGGUCCUCAUCUUAGUAGCCAUCUGUGCUUUAACCUGGUUCUUCCUACAGACCUUUCCCCUAAACAAAUACUUGCGCCACACAUACAGUGUUUACGCCACUCUCAUUCUGGGCCUGGGUGCAAUGUUCACCAGAAGCUAUCGCGUCAAUGACCUGGCUGCAAACACAGUCUACAGUGGCUUCCUCAUGCUCCUGAUGACCAUUAUGAGCUUGGCCCAUUUGAUCUUUGACUGUUUUCGCACGGAGAAGCCUCUCGCCACAGAUUUCUAUCUGACAUCUGAGGGCUGCAACACAGUGUGCCAACCUGAAGGCAACAGCAAACACAAACUUCAGAAGUGACGACAUCCAGAAAGCUUUCUGCAAAAUAUGACAAUCAAACAACGAAGCAAUUAGAUAAAACAACUUCUGUGCAACAGUGAUAAUUUGCUGAACAAUAUGUGCGCACUUUACAUUUAUCACCAAAAGGUGGAAGCAUAUACUCACUUCAGACUGAGAAUGUGAACUAGCAAACAGAGCUCUGUUGUACCAGAAGAUGGCACAGUGGUGCAAGCUUAUAUAGGGAAAAUCUCUGUAUAUUGAACAUGUGAUUUAACACCAAAUUUUAUUAAUGCAAAUCCAGUGUGGCUCUUACUGUUUUUGGGGUUUUGAAUCCAAAGUUAAUCUGUCUUUGUAAGAAAAAACAUAAAAUCCUCAUGCACACUUUAACUUGUCAUUUAAGCUGAACCAGGUGAGCUUACGGGAAAGACGUGUUUUUACCCACAAUGAUGAAAAUUUACAGAUUCAUUAAAAAAACAAAACCCUCU